AUGCCCUCGCUCUUAGGCGCUGCCACGCGCCUCCUCCUCGUCUUGGCCCUCAGUGCCGCUGGCGAGACCGUGCACCACUACCAAGCCUCGCAGUCAGCCGCGCUGCUAGCGUGGAAGAGGAGUCUCGGCGACCCUGUAGCACUCUCCACCUGGACAGAGACCUCCAGGGCGUGCGACGCAUGGCGUGGCGUCACCUGCGACGCGGCCGGCCACGUCACGUCAAUUCGACUUGGGAAUGUCGGCCUCAAUGGCGGCCUAGCGCUCGACCUCGCAGCCUUCCCGGCACUGGCGGCUGUUGACCUUCACGGGAACAACCUUGGUGGCGCCAUACCGCCGGAGUUCGUGCGUGGGAGAAGUGGCAUCAGCUACCUCGACCUCUCUGGCAAUGCGUUCACAGGGCCGAUACCAGAUGCGUUGCCAAAGAGUCUGAAGCACCUCAACCUGACCGGCAACGCGUUCACGGGGCCCAUACCGGUGUCACUGGCGAGGAUGGCACUCCAGGAUCUGCAUAUAGGCUUCAACAACAUCAGCGGCGGCGUCCCCGAGUUCUUGGGCUCGAUGUUGCAGCUCAAGUCGCUGGUGCUUGGCUCGAACCCCCUUGGAGGGUGGCUCCCCUCUGCUCUCGGCAGGCUCUGCAUGCUGCAGCACCUUGAUAUCAAGAGUGCUGGGCUCGUGGGCACUGUACCACGGGAGCUUGGCAAUCUUAGGCUGCUCAGGUUACUGGAUCUUUCCGGGAACAAGCUUUCCGGGGCCUUAUCACCGUCGCUUGCCGGAAUGAAGAAGAUGCAGGAGUUCGGUAUUUCAUCAAACAUGCUCACUGGUGAUAUCCCGGGGCUUCUGUUUGCGAGCUGGCCCGAUCUGAUCUCAUUCCAAGUCCAAUACAAUUUGUUCACCGGCAACAUCCCACCUGAGGUCGGAAAGGCAAAGGACCUGAAGAUUGCUUACCUAUUUGGCAAUAAUUUCAGCGGGUUUAUCCCACAGGAAUUUGGCGAGUUGGAGCAGCUGCGAGAAUUGGAUCUAUCGGAGAACUCACUCACGGGGCCGAUCCCCAGUUCAUUUGGCCAACUAAAGAAACUAACAAGCCUGAUGCUCCCCGCCAACACACUCACUGGUAUGAUCCCGCCAGAGAUCGGAAACAUGUCCGCGCUGCGGACCUUCGACGUGAAUACAAACCAACUUGAAGGCGAGCUGCCAGCCAGCAUAUGCUCCCUGAGGAACCUGCAGUACCUCAAACUGUUCAACAACAAGUUGAAUGGCACUCUCCCGCCGGACCUUGGUGCAGGGUUGCACUUGGUCGUAGCCAUCUUCGCCAACAACAGUUUUUCUGGCGAGCUGCCCCGGAGCCUCUGCGAUGGAUUCGCGCUGCAUAACCUCACUGCAGAACAUAACAAUUUCACUGGAAAGCUGCCGCCUUGCCUGAAGAACUGCACCAAGCUGUGCCGGGUGCAACUAGAGGGGAACCACUUCAACGGAGACAUCUCGGAGGUGUUUGGGGUCCAUACCAGCUUGAAAUACCUUGACCUGUCCGGUAACCAUUUCACCGGCCAGUUGACAGAUGAUUGGGGCCUUUGCACUUCUAUGGAACAAUUGCGCAUCGACGGAAAUAAUUUAUCGGGCAGCAUCCCGGCUUCGUUCGGGAAGAUGCAGGACCUCAAGGACCUUAGCUUGGCUGGGAAUAGACUGACCGGAACAAUUCCAACGGAAUUGAGUCAUUUGAACUUAUUCAGCCUCAAUUUGAGUGGCAAUUCAUUUUCGGGGCCAAUUCCUGUGGGCAACAACUCCAAUAUGGAAAAACUUGAUCUGUCCAGUAACAGGUUCACGGGGACAGUGCCAGAGGGAAUUGGGCAGCUCAUAUCACUAAUGUUGCUGGAUCUUAGCAAAAACUAUCUUUCUGGUCCAAUAACAGCUGAUAUUGGGAAUCUUGUGCACCUUCAAAUCCUCCUUGAUCUUAGCUGCAACUCGCUAGCGGGAGACAUCCCGGCAACUUUUAGCAAGCUCACCAGUCUGCAAAAGCUCAAUCUGUCACACAACAAGCUUGUUGGUUCGAUUCCAUCGGGCUUGUUUCACCUUUGGAGUCUGGACACCUUUGACUAUUCUUACAACCAGCUGGAUUGUCAAAUAUCUUCUGGAAAGGCUCUCAAGCAAAUCAUACCGCCUUGCAAUCAAAGUUCCAGCAGGCCCUCUUCAUGGCACCACAAGAAAAAAAGAGAACUUAUUGCAGCAGGUUUCUUAGGAUUUGAGGUAGUCUUGUUUGCAGUCCUUGUUGGUUGUCUUGUGUAUUACUGGAUAAGUUAUUGCAAGGAGAAAGCACCUGCAAAACUGGAAGAAGCUGGACAGAAACCACCUGAUUACCUGUAAAGCCAUAUAUAAAUAAGGCCAUAGGGUUAAGUUACUUAUAACAAGGGAAUCACCUGAUUAUCGAUUUUGAGGUUAAA